AUGUUGAUUGACAAAGCAAAACCUGGAUUCAUGGAGAGGUUUUUUCGCCCUGUACAAAGGACUGUUCUCUUCUCCCUGACAACAUUGGCUAUCCUGCUGGUUGUGAAUAGCCACCAGAAAUGUAACAAGCAGGAAAUCUUGUUCUUUGAUAAUCCUGACGCAUUAUGUCCAAUUGCUGGCACAAUUCUACCAAAAGAAUCUUGGAUUGCCAACCAGACCAGGCAUGUGUUAGAGGAUGUAGAUUUCCGCGAGAAGUCUGCUGCUAAGCUGGGCGGAGCUGUAAAAGUGCCCACCGUUGUUUUUGACGAUUGGAAGUCACCCAAGGAUGAUGCCGAGAAAUGGAGUGAGUUUGCCGCGUUUCACAAGUAUCUCGAGCAGACCUUUGCCACCGUUUACGAUACUCUUAAGGUUGACAAAAUCAACGAGUACGGUCUUGUAUUCACCUGGGAAGGCUCUAAUUCAUCCAUGAAGCCUAUUCUGUUGACUGCGCAUAUUGAUGUUGUUCCGGUGGCACAAGAGACCGUUUCAGACUGGAAACAUCCUCCGUUCAGUGGAUUCUACGAUGGAGACCAUGUUUGGGGUAGAGGAUCCAGCGACUGCAAAAACUUGCUUGUGGCACUCCUUGAAACUCUAGAGUUGCUUGUUGCCGACAAUUUCAAGCCCACAAGGUCCAUUGUCGUUGCAUUUGGGUAUGAUGAGGAGGCUUCUGGAAACUACGGAGCGCAGUCGAUCGGCGAGUUUUUGCUUACCAAAUAUGGCAGAAACUCGUUUUACGCCAUUCUUGAUGAGGGUUCAACAGGUCUGGCCAGAGUAGGUGGGAAGCUGAUAAACAUGAUAUGCACUGGAGAAAAGGGAUACCUUGACUCUGUGAUCGAGUUGAAAACACCAGGUGGACAUUCUUCGAUCCCUCCAAAACACACCUCCAUAGGCAUAAUGGCUGACUUGAUCCAUCUCAUCGAGGAGAACGACUUUGAGCCCGCUCUGAUCAAUACCAACCCAGAACUGUCGCUUUUGCAGUGUUUGGCUGAAAAUACGGACAUUGAUGUUUCUUUGAAGAAGGACAUACUGAGGGCUCAUCUUGAUGUCAGCGCUAACUCUAGGAUCGUGGAUUACCUCUCGAAGGACUUUUUUGGCAAGGCGACCAUCAAGACAUCUCAGGCUGUCGAUAUGAUCAAAGGAGGCAUCAAAUCGAACGCUCUACCAGAGGAUGUCUCUAUCUUGGUCAACCACCGUAUAUCUGUCCAGGACAGUGUCAAUACCGUUGGGGAACAUAUCGAAGACCUAAUUCUGCAAAUUGCUGAGCAAUACGAUUUGGGUCUUAUCCAUGACGGAGAGACAAUCCGGGAGAUUUCGAAAUUUGGAUAUUUCAACUAUACGGGAACACAGCCUUUAAACCCUGCCCCGCUCACUCCUAUCAAUGGAAGAGUGUGGGAAACGCUUACUGGUACAAUCAGAGGUGUCUUUGAGACAUAUUUCCUGCCAGAAAAUGCCACUUUACCCAUAAUAUCAGCACCAGGCCUUUCCACCGGAAAUACAGACACUAAAAGCUAUUGGAAAUUGACCGACAAUAUCUAUAGAUGGAUUCCAUCAGCAUUGACUAUUACUUCAGCGGAGGAUGAGAAUGCUGGAAUACACAGUGUUAACGAACAUGUAUCCGUGGAUUCCCAUCUGCAAACAAUCGCUUUCUACAUCAACUAUCUGAGGAUCAUCGACACUGAGUUCGACGAAGAAGAGCAAUCGGAUGCUGUCGAGUUUAUCUUUUAA